AUGGCCUGGAAAUUGCCUCCAUCUAGAGUGAUUUGGAGUCAGAUGUUCUUGUUAACAAUACUUGUACUCCUUCUGUCUUACGGGAGAGCUAAAGCAGACCCCAAAAAGUGCUCUAGCAAAGAGUUGUUUCUUGUUCCACAUGAGUGGUACCAGUCUGGCAAGUUCCUGAUUGGUGGGAUAGUUUCUCAUAUCUUAAAUGUAUAUUUCCAAUACACCUUUGAUGAAACUCCUUCUAAGAAACUGAGUGAUGAGCUUCCACUUAUGUUGCCAAAGUUCUACCAACACCUCCUGGCUCUAGCUUUUGCUGUGAAUAAGAUCAACCAGGAUCCAAUGAUCUUGCCGAAUCUCACCCUUGGCUUCCAUAUCUAUGACAGUCAUUUUGAUUCAAGGAUGACCUAUCGGAUCACCUUGGACUUACUUUUCAAGUCACAGACAUUUCUCCCCAAUUACAAAUGUGAUUCUCACAGAAGACUAAUAGCACUCAUUGGGGGAAUCAGCCCUGACAUCUCCUCCUAUGUGGCAGACAUUUUAAGUCUGUACAAGAUUCCGCAGCUAAGAUAUCUGGCUGGUUGGAAAAGUGUGUCGAAUGACUCAGAAAGAUGUUUCUCAGUAGAUCUGCUCACAUAUGGAUCGUUUCCUAUGCAAAGAAGUAAUAUGGUAGAGACAUCAUCCUUUUACCACACAGUCUCCAAUGAAGGUCAUCAGUAUACAGGCAUUAUCUAUUUACUUAAACAUUUUGGGUGGAUCUGGGUUGGACUUUUGGCUGGAGAUGACGAAAGUGGAGAGCGUUUCUUGAAAAAGCUGGAGUCAUUAUUUCUCCAGAAUGAGAUAUGUCCAGCCUUUGUUCAAAGAAUGCCAGUUGAUAGUCGGUUCCCUGAACUUGACGAACUGACAACUAUUUCUGCCAAUACUAAUGAGUUCUACUCAGAUCCAAAAGUUAACACCCUUGUUGUCUAUGGUGAAACUCUAACUGUAAUGUGGCUAAGCACUGCGUUAUUUUUCGCGGGUGUUAACUAUACCGAAAAGGUAUGGAUUAUGACAGGCCAGAUUGACUUUGCUUCAACGGUCAUUUCAAAGGACUGGAAAUAUGAAAUAUUUCAAGGUGCCUUUCUUUUUGCGAUCCACUCCAAUGAACAUGAAGAGUUUCAGAUCUACCUUCAGAAUAUAAAACCAACCAAGUCACAACCUGAUGACUUUUUCAAGGAGUUCUGGGAACAAGCCUUUGGUUGCUCUGUUCCAGAUCCUAAGAACCUAAUAGAGGCUCACAAAUUUUGUAGUGGGGCAGAGUCCUUGAGGGAUCUUCCAGGGAUUCUGUUUGAGAUGGUCAUGACUGGCCAUAGCUACAGCAUCUACACUGCAGUCUUUGCUGUGGCCCAUGCAUUACACAGCCUGGAUUUAUCUAGAUCAAAACAUAAAGCAAUCAGGAUUACAAGACAUCUUGAAGAAAUAAGCCCUUGGCAGCUUCACCGCUUCCUUCAGACCCUUUCAUUUAACAACACAGAUGGAAAAAUGGUCUCCUUUAAUGAGAAUAAGGAGAUGGGAUAUGGAUUUGAUAUAGUAAACAUGCUUAUUUUCUCUAAUAACUCUUUUCAUAAAGUGAAGGUUGGAAGGAUGGGGACCAAGGAUUCUCAAGGGAAAAAAAUCAUCAUUGAGACUGACAAGAUUAAAUGGCAUGGAAGCGUUAGCAAAGUCCAUCCUCUUUCCUUGUGUAAUCCUUAUUGCCAGCCUGGUUCUCAAAAGAGAAAAAAAGAAGGAGAGAAAUUUUGCUGCUAUGGAUGUGUUCGGUGUCCAGAAGGGAAGAUUUCCAAUGAAAGAGACACAGAAGAUUGCUUCAAAUGUCCAUCUGAUCAGUAUCCAAACCAGAAACAAGAUGAAUGUUUUCCCAAAAUGAUCGUUUUUUUGUCUUAUGAAGAACCUCUGGGCAUCUCCUUAGCCACAAGUGCCAUCUUCUUCUUCUCAGUCACAAUUUUAGUAUUAAAAAUAUUCCACCUGCACAAAGAUAGUCCCAUAGUCAAAGCUAACAACCGGGACCUCACCUAUGCUCUUCUCAUCUCUCUUUUGCUCUGCUUCCUCUCACCUUUCCUAUUUCUUGGUAAGCCCGGGGUAAUGACCUGCUUUCUUCGGCAGCCAGCCUUUGGCAUCAUCUUCUCGCUGGCUGUUUCCUGUGUGUUAGCCAAAACUAUUACUGUGGUGGUAGCUUUCAUGGCCACCAAGCCAGGAUCCAAUAUGAGGAGGUGGGUGGGAAAGAGGCUCACUGGUUUUAUUGUCCUUUCCAGCUCUUCCAUCCCAGUAGGCAUUUGUGCUAUAUGGCUAACAAUCUCUCCUCCAUUCCCAAAUUUGGACAUGGACUCACUGACUACUGAGAUGGUAGCAGAGUGCAAGGAAGGUUCUGUUGCUAUGUUCUAUCUUGUCUUAGGGUACAUGGGAAUUCUGUCCAUAAUCAGCUUCAGUGUUGCUUUUCUAGCUAGGAAGUUGCCAGAUAGUUUCAACGAAGCCAAAUUCAUCACCUUCAGCAUGCUGGUAUUCACCAGUGUUUGGUUGUCAUUUGUUCCAACUUACCUGAGCACCAAAGGAAAAUAUAUGGUAGCUGUGGAGAUCUUUUCCAUUUUGGCUUCCAGUGCUGGGCUUUUGGGAUGCAUAUUUUUCCCCAAAUGUUUCAUAAUUGUGCUGAGGCCUGAAUUGAACAACAAGGAGCAGCUCAUGAGAAGAAAGCAGAUGCAAAAAUAA